ACUUGGUUUAGCAACCGGCGCGCAGCGCGGAAGAGGAGCGGCGUGUGUGCGCUCUUGUCUCUCUGGGAAUUCUCUUUACGGUGAGUCUCAAAGCCAGAAUAUGCUCAAAAUUGAUGGCGAAGUUGUCACAAGACGCGUGAAUACUAAUAUUAUAGUCCGCACUCCGACUUGUAUCAGUUUUAGAUAGUUUUGAUCUGUCACGAUGUUGAUGUUGCGCACCUUUGUCAGCUAGCACCUGUGAAGACAACAGCUACCUUUAUUGUUGUUGAUUAUAAGUCUAUAAAUGUUUAAAAUGAUCUAUAAAAGACUAAAAAGUUGCUACUGGAUGUGAAUUUUGCGUGUUGGUCACAGUGCUGUUACUCUUGCCAGUUUAGAAGUGGUUGAAUUGACUCAAACUUUUCUCUUUUCUUUGAUAUCAAACUUCUGGAUGUUUCCGUAGAGUCACCAUGGCCUCAGAUGACAUUACUCAGCUGGCUGAUGCUCUAUCCAGGACUCACGUUGGGGAUGGAGAGUUGAGCUACAAAGGCCAGGGGCUGAAGCUCGACGAUGAAGAAUCAGGUUAGAAGAAUUUAUCUCUGUUUCUUUUUUGUUUUGGCUUCUUUUAACUCCGUGCUGUCAGGCUGUUGUUGGGUCAUGUUUCCUCUUCACACCUCACAAACUCUUCUCUGUUUUUCAGCAAAGGAUCUGGUCCGUGAGAUAGAUCAGUGUCAGGAUUUGAGAGCCCUGUGCCUGGAGGGCAACACUGUGGGAGUAGAGGCUGCUCGGGCCAUUGCCAAGGCUCUGGAGAGCAAGGACCAGCUCCAGGUACACCAAAGUUUUAAGUGUUUUUUUUCACAGUAAACAAACAUUGACAAAACACCACAUGUUAAAUCUACAUAACUGUCUCAGAUUAGUGAAGGUAUUGCUGGUAAUGAAACUCCUUGCUCUUGGUAACUACUUCAUUUGUUGUAAUUUGUUCAUUUUAUUCUAUUUUCUUGUCCAUCAGGUUUUAGUCUUUCUAUUUAACAGUUUUUAUUUUUUAUCUUUUAUCUCCAGUGUCUUUGUGUGUGUGUGGGUCCAUAAGUGGGUGUGUGGGAGGGAGGGUUAGGUUUUAUUGUUGUUUAAUAGUUGUUUUUUAGCCUGUGAGGCACAUUGAACUACAUUUUUUUGUCUGAAAAGUGCCACACAACUUAAGUUGAAUUUCAAUAAUUCAGUGACAUAUAAUGUUGCCAUUUUAAAACCAGUUUUUCAGUUAAGUGUUUUCGUUUAUCAUAAAAUAAACAAAUGUUAUGAGACUGAGGACUGUUAUGAUCAAACAUAAGCUAAGAUCUUGGCUGAAAUACUUGAAUAUACAGAACUCUGUCUUAAUAAGAGUCUGAACAAUGAUCCCCUGGUUUGUUUUUUGGGGCUGCCUGACAAAGGACUGUUUUAUUUUCACCCUUACAGUAUUGAUAUUACUAAUGCCCGUCUGCAUUUUAAAGAAAGACAACAUAGCCUCCUCUUUGUGUCAUGUAUUUUUAAAUCUGUCACCAACUCUGUGUUUUUCAGAGAUGCCACUGGAGUGACAUGUUCACUGGGAGGUUACGCUCUGAGAUCCCAACAGCCCUGGUGAGAGUUUGCCUCUUGUUUACUGUGAUUUGUGAUAAUUCAUGUUUUCAUAAAUGCAUUGCGGAUUACAUUUUUAUCUGAAUAAUUUAUGUCUCCACUGUGAUCAGAGGUCUCUGGGAAGAGCCGUUAUGUGUGCAGGGGCCAGGCUGACUGAGUUGGACCUCAGCGAUAAUGCCUUCGGCCCAGAUGGAGUAAAGGGAAUUGAGCAGCUAUUGAAGAGUCCUUCCUGUCACACCUUGAGAGAGUUGAGGCUCAACAACUGUGGCAUGGGUAUUGGGGGAGGAAAGGUGAAUCUUAAGCUCAGAUCUGAAUUAAAUCUCAUUAAAAUGCUUCACAAUAGACUGGCUCUAAUUGAUGCCUGUGUUAGACUAUGUAAAAAGUGACAGUGCUCUGUGCUUUUCUUAGAUCCUGGCCGAAGCUCUGAUUGAGUGUCACAGAGAGUCAUCAGCGCUCAGGACUCCACUCAAACUGAGGGUAUUCAUCGCAGGAAGGAACCGCCUGGAAAACGAGGGAGCGAGCGCCCUGGCAAAGGCCUUUCAGGUAAAAAAAAAUUCCAAGUUGAUGGACAGGGUUCUUUUUAAAUACAUGGCUGUGAUAAGCCAUGUAAGUCAUGCAUGCUGUGGAAUACUAGGUCUGGAGACGCUUUGCUGCCAGUUAAUUAGAGUUUAUUAUCAUGAAGCUGAGGGAUGAGACUGAUGUUUUAAUUAUUCAUGGUAAAGUCUGACUGGUGUUAUUAGUUCAGUUCUUGUAUUUCACUGAUAAUCCACAUGGCUGUAUAUGAAGAUCAGGAUUGAUGAUAGAGAGAAGUUUCAUCACAGUCUGAAAUGAUAGAGUCUUCUAUGCUGCUCAGUCUCGUGAGCGCACUACUCACCCUCUCCACGCUGCCAGACCGCUGUGUAAUGCUAUCCUGCGGUUGUUACUAAAGUUGGGAUAACUAGAGAAGCAAGCGGUAACAAUUAUCUCUCGAGGGGGUGUCUAACUCGGUGUUACAGUGUGUUAAUUAAACCCUUAAUUAAAUUUACGCCAGAAUAUGCCUUUAAUGGAUCCCUCCAAACUCCACCCACCGAUAACAGUGUGGUUUGUUAACAGGACAUAAUGGAAAAUGAUAUUUAACAGAUGUGGACAGUGAAUGUUUAUUGUAUUGUCAUGUGAUAGUAUCUGACGCUUGCGUACCGUUAGGACACAUUGUAAGGAUUUGCAGUUUUUCAUGUGCACGUGAACAGCAAAUUGCAACAGCAAACAUUUGAAGGUGAGACCUUUAAACAGCAAUCUCUUUUAACUCUUUUCUGUUAUUUUCUUCAAAAGCUGAUUGGCAGUCUUGAGGAAGUCCACAUGCCCCAGAACGGCAUCAACUAUGCAGGUGUGAUGGCUUUGGCUUCAGCCAUGCAGCACAAUCCAGAGCUCCGAGUCCUCAACUUCAACGACAACACUUUCACCAAGAAAGGGACACUGGCCAUGGCACAGGUUAGGCCUGUUUAACCCCAGCAAGUAGAGUGAACAUGUAGACAUAAAAAAGUCUGAUUUUCUCCUGUUGUCCAUGUAGGCUCUGAGGCACUUGAGGAAUGUCCAGGUGAUUAACUUUGGGGACUGCCUGGUGCGCUCUGAAGGGGCCAUCGCUCUUGCUGCUGUUCUUAGAGAGGGUUUGCCAAUGCUGAAGGUCAGUUUAACUUAGUAUCUCAGCUUGUUUCUGUCUGUCUGUGUGUGUUUGUGUGGGUUCAGCUAAUAGGUUUAUAACGGUAAUGCAACAUGUCCUUUCAGGAGCUGAAUGUGUCGUUUGGAGAGAUCACAGAGGCAGCAGCUCUGGUGGUGGCUCAGGCUGUAAUGGACAAACCUCAUAUGGAGAAAGUGGAUCUGAAUGGUAUGCACAUUCUGUGAGAUUGGCAAUUUUACAGUCAUAUCAACAUCUGGGUUGAUGAUUCGAUGUGGUAUUUUCACUAUCACAGAUGGGAAAAGUAAAUUUUGAUAGUUGAAAUAAUGACAACUUUCACAAACCAAAUCAAAAAGCAAAAGACUGUUGAUAAAUAUCCUAAAAAUGUAUAUUUUCUGGGCUCUUUGAUGAGCCCAUGAUGAGUUUACUGUUUGUUUAGAUAGUUUAGAUACUUCACCUUUUUAUUGUGCUCCAACCUAAAUUUUUUUCAUGUCCAAAAAAGUAGAAUCAAAAAGAUUACCUAAAAUAUUUUAAAAUACUGUUCAGCAUUAAGGGAAACGUAAAUUUUAUUUCAUAAUACAACAAAAUGUUUUAUUUAAAGUUUGACUUAUCAAAAUGAAAAACAUCAAACAAGUCCAAUAAGUCAGGGGGUAAAAAUGUGUUUUUUUCAUAGUUUCAUAUUUAGGUAAUGACUGUGAGAUGAUAAAAAUCUGAGGAUUCAGAAGAUUCUCUUUUUUUGUGUGUGUCACUGAGAAUAUUUCUGUCAUAUCACAGGAUAAUAUGGUUCAGACGAAGUAUUUAAAAACUGUCCAAGAACUGUAGGAAUAUGGUGGCCUUAUAUUUCCUCAAAUGUCAGAUAUACAGUAUGUUUUGUACAUCUAUGUUUAUGUUUCUACAGUUUUGUCAACCAUUCGCCUACAUGAGCUUUCCCUUUCAGAUUUAAGUUGCAGAAAGUUCAUCUGUAAAAAUGUGUUGUCGUGUUUGGAAUAGUUUAUCAUCAUGUACAUGUUUCAAAUUUCAUAUUUACUAAUAAUGGAAAUCACUGUUCGGUGUGACUGAAAAACAGGCAACUGUCUUGGAGAGGAGGGCUGCGAGGCUUUGAAAGAAGCUAUGGAGGACGUGGACAAAGGAGACUUGCUGGCGUCACUUAGGUAAUGUGUGUUUGUAUAUUUAUACAACAUUAAGUAAUCAAAUCAACCUCGAUCAGCUGUUGUUCAGUACCUUCUGCACAGAAAACUAAACUCCACUCUGAUUAGCAUCGUUCUCUUGAUGUCACUACAGUGAUGAUGAGGGGGAGCCCGAUGAGGAGGAUGAGGAAGAUGAAGAAGAUGAGGAUGAGGAUGCCAGUGUUGAAGAUGAGGAGGAUGAGGAUGGUGAAAUCGUGAAGGAAAAUGGAAUUCCAAAAAAAGAUGACAGCCCUGAAAAAUCUCAGAGCCCAGUAAGUAACAAAACACAAACCCCAUAAAGCAGGAGUUUCAUUUAUUCCUGUUUCAAAAGAGCAGAAGACAUGGAGUAAACUCAGGAUACAAUACAAUACAGUGCACAUGAAGGUGAUUUCUGAUUAUAUCUGACAAUACUAUAUAAACUGCUCCUAUCAGGUGAAGUGUAGGAUUCAUGUCAUCAGCGCUACCACAAGGAGUCAUGAAGUAACUAUUUGGUGGGUGACAAUGUGAGAUAAAUCUGCUGAGAGAGCGGCAUGAUUUUUAAAUCAAAUUACUGAUAUUUGGAGCGAGGAGUGGUUAAGUGUAUCGCUUUAUUCAGGAGGAUGGUAACAACAUAUAUUUCUUUAUUAAACAGUGCAGGCAGCAGAAGUCCGAUACUCCGAUAGUUAAAGAUUUUUACAAUGACCAAAAUAAAAAAGUGAUUGUGACUUUGUGUCCUCCUCCCUCAGGCAGAGAUCAUGUCUUUCCUCACCUGUCCUUCUGCAGAGAAGCUCCUUCAGCUUGGAGAGAUGAGAUCAAACUUGAAACAACAGGUGGGAAUUUUAAUAUCAAAGAAUUUAACUGUCCAGAGAUUUUACAGUCUGAUGCAACAGUUUGUACACCUGAUCCAGCAACCUGAGUUAAAAAAAUGUUCAGAUUUUAAAAACAGAAUGGACAAAACUAGAGAAUAAAACCCGUUUUUCAUUCUCAGGUGGAUACGUCCAACCCACAGGAGGCAGCAGAUGUUUUUCUGAAGAUUGCAUCCUUGUACAGUGAGGACCCCGAGACCCAGACAGCUGUCUUUGAAUCCAUUGGUGAUGAAAAUGCUUCUGUUACUACUGAUACAAAAAGACUCUCUAGCUGCCUGAAGUUUUCUCCUGUAGGUUAAAGACACUCUUGUUUAUAGAGUGACCACUGAUGCCCUUGUGCUCUUAUUUUAUCAGACGCUGUGCUGAAGAAGAUCCUCUCAAGUCCAGACCUCCACUCAUACUGCUUCCUCUCCACGCUGCUGGCCAUGUUGGGACUCCUUAAGGUACAGUUCUGCUUCAGCAAAUACUAAAGAGACAGGAUUAACGGGCUAAGGGCCAGGGUAUGCAGAGAAGUCAUCAAAGUAGAAAGCAUAGAGGUAGUAGGAGUUACCAUGGGAGUUUACAGAGCCACUGUCAUCAGUCAGUUUAGACAUAUCUCUCCAGGACAUGUUUAUCAGAGGGCUAAGAUGGUCUCUCUCUGAGGUGCUGAGUCUGGAUCCAAAGGAUUUCUUCCUUUUCAUCAUUUGGACUUGACAUGUAGCCGAUAAAACUAACUUUGUGAGAGCGGAGUCCACUAAUUUGUCACAUCAAGAGUGUAUCCACUAUUUUUAUAUUUUUUUUAUUAAAAUUCUACUUUUCCUGUUUUGUGUCUCAGGGAGAGGGAAAGAUGAAGAAGGCCGCACUGGUUCCAGGUCAGCUGUUGUGUUUGGCGCAUGCAGUCGAGCAGGAAUACUUCCAGCAUCACCAAGCCCUGCUGCUUCAAACCUUCAUGACCAAGUAUGAUCAAAAACUAACUCCUCAAGUUUGCUAUGAAGUUGUCAUGCUGCGUAACACAUUGAUAAAAGUGGAUUUUGAUGCUUUACUAAUCAUUUAAGCUCAGGAUGCAAAUUCAAUGCUUCAUUGCCAUAACAAGAGAACCAAACAAAGAUGUUUUUGACUCAAAGUGUCCAAAACACUAAAAGUUGUGUGGUAUUAAAAAAAAAUUCAUAGAGCAGGGCUUGACACUAACUUUUUUCACAAGGAGCACAUGUGAUCCUAAGUUGGAACAGUAAGGAGCACACAAAGAACUUUAGGGGCACAAUGAGAAUUGAUCGAAUCGGUCGACAGAAGUACUAUUAUUUGAAAUCAAUUUUAGGUCUUUUGGUCACAUGACAUGGAAGCUUUUGAAGAAAAUGUUCAAAAUUUGCCUUUUAAUUUAAUACAAAAAUUUUAGAGGAAAAAUUAGGGAAUUAAAGAGGUAUGUCUUACUGGUCGACAUAAGUGCUAUUAUUCGAGAUCAAUUUUAGGUCAAUUGGUCACAUGACAUGGAAGCUAUUGAAGGAAAACAGUUUUUUCUGAGAACAUCAACCGGUAAUUUAUUGAUGGUCCCUUAUUCAGCACCUGAUGUUGGCAGCAAGGGUGCCGAGUAGAUUUAAUCACGCUGCUGUUGCUAUUUACGGUAAUGGAGAGUGAGAAGACACCGGUAGAUCCGCAGUGAAUGUCCGUCGAAUAUCCAACCUAAAACUAACUUCACCGUGGUAUUUGCAUGAAAAAACAUUUGGUGCCUUGGCCAAUUUUCAAUUCGCACACAUCUAUUUUAAGCCACAAAUGCGAGUGAAACGGUCGCACUGUGGAGCCCUGUAGAGUCUCUCAGAAGUAAAAAUCAGAAGAGGUUUACGUCUUUAUGAGAGGCUGCAUGAGAAAAUAGUUCACAGAGUAAUGUUCCUCAGUGUAAAAAGAAUUUGAGGACUUCUUCACUACAGCACCUAUGAUUAUAAGAAACAGGAAAAAAGACAAAACUUGGGCUUUUUGUUUGGUCUCCACAUCACUCCAAAAACCGCUGUCUGUCAACACACUUUCAGUCUUACACUGUUUAUUCUCUGUCUUUGUGGGUCCACAGGAACAGGGAUGCUCUUAAAACGUGCAGCAGUGCCGCAGAGAGGCUGAGCGCCACUCUGGAGAAGAAACGCAACGACCAGCAAUGAUCCACCUCUGACAACACAAACACUGGGAUGUAGACACACACUGUACCUACUUUAACCUCCUCAGUAUCAAAACCAACAGGGACGCUUCACACUUGAACAUAAGGGCAACCACUUAACCUAGCUCCACUCCUCAUUUGUAUGUUUUUAUGAAGGACUUACAGAAUCUCUUAAUUUUUUUAUUUUUCUACUUUAUUCUUUUAUUUUUAUAGAAAAUCUAGACAUAAAUAACAAAAAUAUAGAAAUACACAAAAGGUAACCUUUAAAAAAAAAUGAAACUGAUUGUAACCAGAGUGAAGCCAACAUUAGACAAACAGUCUGGCACUUAAUCCAACACAGAACUUUGCAGUUUAUGUUGUCGUAAAGGAGCAUCCAGAACUUGAAGACACACAGCUACAGAUCUGCUCUGUAUUUUCAGUCUUUAUGAAACACACUGAUCAUCAUUUUAAAACUUAAUUGAGCAUUGUUACAAAAUUAGAGGCAUCAGGGCAAUUUCACAAAACAUUAACAAUCAAUCAGCUCCCCAACAUAAAGAGCUGACUCAUUAUCGUAUUCUGUUUUACAGACAGGAUGCUUCACUUUCUUGGUGUGUCAAUGAUUGUAUUCUCAGAGGGAGAAAGUCAAACCUUCAGGACAAUCAGUCCAAUGACAGUCACUGCUGCUCCUGAUCCAGUCCACUCAGAGUGCUCCGUGCAUCUGACUGUAACAGGAAAGGGCCGAGAACGCUGCAUUUGUGAGUACAGUCAGAUAAAGCACAGCUCAGGGGACCUGGAUCACCUGUACCUGAUGUAGCUUCUCUUUUACUGAUUCAGUCUUAUCUCUUUAAUGACCGCGUGUUACCUCAUGUCUGGUGAUGCUAUGGCGCUUUAAGGGAAUCAAAGAAUGGGAAACAUUUGGAUUUUAAUAAAUCAUCAGUCUGUGUGGACUGCACCUCAAUAGUCAGGAUAAUUUACUUUUUAUUUGUACUUAGAGCCCUGCUGGAAGUAUAACUAAUAAACAAAUACUCUGUCA